UUAUUAUUUUAAUAAUUAUUUUAUGUAAACUACCUAAUACAAUUUGUUAAUUAAGUCCGAUAUUGUUUUGACGAUUUAUUUAAAAUAUAAUAAUUGUAAAUGAUUAUUGAAAAUAUUCAAUAACAUUAACAUUCAACGGAAAAUUCAAAUGAUAUUGUUUAGAACUACUUAUUUCUUAGAUAGACGACAGUAUAUUGCAUUAUGUUGAAAUAUAAAUUUUAAUAGAGAUAUUUCAAAUCAUCGCAACUAUACAAUGACAAACUCACUACAGGGAAUAGAUAGAACAAAUAAAAAGAUAAUUUUGCAUAUAAUUUCAGGUUAGAACAUUUAAUUUAAAUUAAUGUCAAAUUAGCAAAGAAGUUAUUUUUUAUUCAUGUCUAUGUGUAAAUUGUUACAACUGUCAGCCAAUACGCUGAUAAAUAAUACUUUUACAAUGUGCACAGAUAAUUAUUUUAAUAUAGAAAUAUAUUGUAUUUACUAAAGUUUAAGAUAAAGAAUGAGUAUGUAAGAGGUAUCUUUGAUAGACAAAAUGAGAAAAAAUGAGACUAAGAUGGUUUGGGCAUGUCAUGAGGACAGAGAAAUCAGAAGCAAUACAAAUUAUAAUAAAAAUAAACAUAGAAAAAAGAGGAGUGAGAAAAACCAAAAAUGAAGUAGUUGGAUGUGAUUGUGAAUGAUAUUGAGUCAGUGGUUGAUCCAAAGAUGAUGUGGGAGAUCAGGUAAAAUGGAAUUUUGGGACGAAGGUAGCCGACCCAAAAUAGUUAGAAUGGAGACGAAUGGCAAGAAAAACAUUGUACUUACACAUUGGUAGUAAUCGAUAAAAAAUGUUUCUUUUUUUAAUAGUAAAAAACCUUGAUGAUACUUAAAUUAGGUAGUAGUAUCACGAGGCUCCAACUUCCAUCAUACCAUCACAACUUAGACAUAUAAUUAUAAAGAUUACCUAUUGUAAAUAUAAAUUAGGGAAUGUACCUACAUUUAAAAAGAAAAAAUUAUGACACUUGACCUAUUAUUACCUGAUUUGGUUAUAAAUGCUUUGUUUUAUCAUCUUUAUAAAUAAAUAUAUAUAUAUAUUAAUUGAAUAUUUUUAUGCUGUUAUAUCAGAGAUGGUCUGGCAGAAAAAAUCAAGUCAGGAAACUAUUUUAUGCAAACUAUAUUUUUACAAUAAUUACACAAAACUAAUUGAAAUACAAUUUUAUGAUAUCUAACAGUUUUUUUCAAUCAAUUUUUUGUCCUAGCAUUUUGCGAAAAAAUUCUACUUUGAAAAAUUUCAAUUGAGGGUCUAAAUCUCUGCCUCACCUUUAGAGUUCCCCUCUGGAAAAUAUUAAAAUCACAAUGAUUCACCCUCUUGCAAUGGACCUAUUAUAGUUCUAUAACAUGACCAAACCGUACAGGUUUUGUGUUCUUAUAUCGAUAUAUAUCUAUCUAUCUAUAUAUUAGUUAUUAAAAACUUGUUGCAAAUGUGAUUUCAUCUGAUCCUUCCCCUCAAAAUUAAAUUAUAGACACCUGUGCCCCUAAGCUACGACCUGAAAUAUAAAUAUUUUUGUAUAGCAAAAAAAAAUGAAUUAAUAAUUUACUUUGUACUAAUUAAAUACUAAACAAAUGUAUUUUAGAUGUAUUUAACUUAAAAAUAUCAAAAAAACUUAAAAUAAAUAUAAGCCAUUCUAAUUAACAGUUCAUCAAGAUUUUCUUGGUUAUAUAGUGGAGCCAGACCAUCCCUGUAUUAUUUUGUUCCUCUGAAAAAUAAAAUUAUAACAAUCAUUUGAAGUAGUAAAUAAUAAAAAAAGGACAUACUCACACGUGGAUGCAGCUUCUGUUAUAGGUGGGUAUUUGGGAAGGUAUGAUACAGAAGAUAAUUUAAUGUACAUUUGUAAGCAAGGAUAAACCAUUUUGAAUGGAGUUCAGUUGAUAAUGAUGCUUAAGUAUAGAAUAAAAAAAUAUAGUACAAAGAUUAAUAGUUAAAAGAAUAUAUUGAAAUCAAAAUUUAUUUUAUUUUAAUAUAGCUCGGUCUAUCGUAUUACUUUUUCAACAAUGUGCAUUUCCACAACAACAACGAUUAUUAAAAAAGAUUUAGAAUAAUAAAAACUUAAUAACAAAAAAUAAAUAAAACCGGUUGCCAAUGAUAAUUUUAUUUUAAUCUUUCAAUUUUUUUUUAACCUAAAGAAUCAGGGUUUCACAUUAUCUCAAAUAUUAAUGAGAAUUUCAAAAAAUGACCUCCCUAAGGUACCACCAGAGAACAUUUCCUUUCAGAAAAGGUGCUAUACUUGAUGAUCGGAGUAAGCUAUCUGGUAGAAAAUAUUCACAUAAAAAUAAAAUAAUAAACCUCAUUGUAAAAUAAAUUCCUCACUCCGCUCAGUCUAAAUAGUGUUUAAUCACAAAUUAUUGUUUACAAUAAAAUUCAUAGUUUGUUAAAAAUUUCAAAAAUGAUUUUUUUUAUAACGUUAUAAAUUAUAGAUUAUUUUAGUAGUUUAAUGUUAAUUUAUUAUUAUUAAUUCUAAUAUAAAAAUUGUAUUCUUUAGACUUAUACAAAUCACAAAUAAAACAAAACUCAUUAGUCAAUAGUAUAAUUAAUUAAGUAUUUUUAAACAAUAUUAUUACAAUUUAUGAUGAUAUCUAAGAUAUAAAUGAAUGUUUUAGCCUAUGGAUUUGGUCUGGUCAAAGGAUCAAUUGUAGUACAUGCAACAUUAAUGAACAUUCAACAAGAAACUCCCAUAAUUCCUGUCAACAACAAUGAGUUAAAAAUAUAUAAUGAAAUUAUAUGGUACCUAGAUACCCUUACUCUGAAAAAGUAAUAUUAAAUUAUUAUUUAUGUAUAACAGUUUCGUGUAACUAACUAUAAUUUAAUAUUUUCCAUUAAGAUUAAAAAUGUCAAAUACAUCUGUUAAAAUCGAAUGUAUUCAUAUACCAGCCAACAAAUCUAGUUCAAAUGAAAAGCUUGGAUAUCUUUUGUUUAAUUUAAAAGAUGCUCAAACAAUUAAUUCCAUAUCUAAUGAUCGUGUAAGUAAUGUUUAUCUCAUCCAUUUAUACAACAAUCUUACAUUAUUUAAAAGAUAAUGUUAGAAUAUUUUUCUAUUCUAUAAAUAGUUAUUAAUAAUAUUCUAACAUUUUAGAUAGAAAAUAAAUCCUACAAAUUAAUAGGAUCAAAAAAUUGUAGUUACACUCUUACUAUUUCAUUAAGAAUUGAAGAUUUCAUUGUAAAGACUAUUAAAACACCUCCUAAACAAAUUAAACACUUGCAAUUGAUUAAUAACAAAAACAUAAAAGAUAAAACAAAUUAUUUACAGAAAGGUAUGUAAAAUAACCAUAUAGGUAUUAGCUAUUAUAAUAAUAUCUAGAACUUUACUUGUAACUCUGAACACUUGUGCAUGUUAGAAUAUUAUAUUUUGGUUGAAAAUAAAUCAAAUUUAAUAAAAAGUAAUUUAAUAUAUAUUACUUACAACUGAAGAGAAUUUCUAUAUGAUCUCUUUAUAGUGAGGUAUUUAUGCAUUUUACAAUUUUUAUUAUAUUAUAUUAAUAUGUGAAAAUCAUUAAUAAGAAAAAUGUAUUAUUUUUUUAUAAUUGAAGUAAAUAAAAGUGUUGAAGAAAAUACAAAUUUAAAAGAAAAUAUUGAAAUAGAUUUGCCAAAAAGUGAUGUUAAUAUAUUAGAACAAACAGAAUAUUUACCAACAAAAGAAGAAUCAAUGUAAUUUUUUUUUUAUUGUUUAAUUAUAUAUUUAUAGUUUUCUGUACUCUAGGCAUAUUAAGAGUAUGACUGGUUGUACAGAUAAGACAACAAAACAACUAUUGUAUAUAAUGGUGAUUAAAUACUUGGAGAAUCGAUUAGCGACUGGCUGUGUACAACAAAUGUUAAAUUGUCUAUUACCCAGUCGUACUCUUAAAGUGAUAUAAGUACAUAUAAUCAAAUAAAUUAUGAUUUAUUUAAUAGAUACAAUAUUUUUUACUAGAAAUGUAUUCACAUCUGAUGUACAACAAAAAAUAAUUGAAGAAUUGGAAGUUUGGAAAGAUAAACAAAUGACUUUAUUUAAAGAAAAGGUGAAAAUGAAACUUUUAUUCAGUGGUUUUCUUAAAGGAUUUUAAGUGAAUUUGAUUUCUGUGAUUUUAGAUUCUGAGCUUAGCAAGGAAAAGGAAUAUAUUGGUUUUAUUAUAGAUGGUUUUUAAUAUUUUUGUGUCUGAGCAAACUAAUAGAAAUCUUGCUCUAAUGAAAAAAUAACAAGAGACAUUUGUUUCAUUUUAAAUCUAGCUGGUGCAUUGAAGGUUAUAUUUUGAUUUUUCCAAUGGUUUUUGUAAUAUUUGAAAAAACCAAUAAAAAGAAACCUUAUAGUAAAAAUGAUAAAAUUUUUUUAUGUCACAUACUUAUUUAUUGUAAUUUAAUCUAUUGUUUUAUUAAUUGUAGAGGCUUUAUAAUUUUAAAACAUUCUUAAGAUUUUUGACGUUUUCAAAUUAUUUUAGUUUUUAUUUGGUAGGUAUUUUGUCAAAAAAAAUUGUUUGACCGAACAGGAAUGUUUGACAAUUUAAUAUAGGGUUCAUUAUAUGUUCUGAGUGGUAGUAAAAAAAAAAAGUUGUAGUAGUAGUUUUUAUUUUAGAGUAGUUUUAAAAUCAAAUUUUGGUAAAAAUCAAGCAAUUAACAGUAUUUCAAAACAUGUACAACCAAACUUUGCUCAGAAUCAUAUUAUUUUGUUAGUUUAGCAAUGAUUUAUAAUUAUAUAGAUAAUAACUGUAUUCUACAUUCUCAACUUUUUUUUUAUUGAAUCUGUGUAUAGAUAAAAAUUAAGGAAGAACAAUUGUUAAAGGAAUUUAACAAAAAAUGGUUAGAUGAUAGAAAACGUAUCGAAGAAGAUCUUACCAAUGAAAUAUCAAAAUGUAAAGCAUUAGCUGAAAAUGUGGAUAAAAUGGCUGACAUGUUAAAGGAAAGGGAAACUAUAGUUACAGCUAAAGAACUAGAAGUAUAUUAACAAAUUUUGUAUUCUUAACUGAGUUUUUUUUAAUUUAAUUAAUUUUAAUAUUUUAUAGUUAGCUUGUAAAAAAGAUUGUAUAGAUAAUAAAUACAUAAGUUUAGUGCAAAAUGUUCAGUCUUCUAAUGGACAGACAUUUAAUGAGCUCAAUAAUAAAAUCUUUGAACUAACGACAAAAUUGCAAGAUUCAGAAAAAAUGAAUAUUUUAUUAAAAAAAGAAAAUAAACAGUUAAAAAAUGAUUUUAAUACCAACUAUGGCAUUCAAAUACAACAUUUGGAAAAUAAAAUUGUAUGUACUUAUUUAAAAUAUGUAUAUUAUAUUACACGUAUUUAAAUAAUAAAUAAAUAAAUAUGUUUAGUCAAAUUUAGAGAGUAAAUAUGCAGAAGCUAAUCAGUCUUGUAUGUUUUUCAAAGAACGGUGGAUAACAUCUGUUAGAAAAAUUAAUCAAAUAUUAUCUAGUAAGCUUUAUGAAAGUAAAACCAAUGAACAUUUACUAAACAAGAGACAAAAGUAAGCAUAAAAGAAAAAAUUUAUUUUUGCAAUAUACAUGAUUUUAGAAUUAAAUAUAGUUUUCUAGGUUUACAAACAAAUUUAAUUUUAAAAUAUAUUUUUUUAGUGUUCAAAAUAUAUUAACUAAUCAAUUGGUAGAAAGGCAACAAGAUGAAGAUAAAAUAAAACAACUUUUAAAUAAAUUGUCACAAGAUAUGACAAAUAUCAAUUAUUUGAGUCCAUGAAAAACUUAAGUACCAACAUGAAGUACUUUAAAAUAUAUUAUAUUUCUUAUUUUUCUUAAUUCAAUUUACAUAUAUUUAUAUACAAGAUAAAAAUAGCGUAAUAGAUUUAUUAACUACAUAUCUAAUAUUUAAAUUUUUUUUUUUAAGUCACUUAUUUUUAUUAUUAAAAUUAGUGUAAGAAUUAUUAUUAUUAAAUAUUAAUUUAACUAAUAAAAUUUUACUACAGUUUAAAUUAUAGUAAAACUUCUAUAUAACGGUCACCAAAGGGACCAAAAUAAUGACCGCUAUAUAGAGGUGAACGUUAGCGGAAGUUUUUCUUUAAUAUUUAUGUAUCUAUUUUUCUUUUCCUCUUUUUUUUUUAUGACGACUGGUUGUUUCCCUUGCAAUAUUUUGGUACCUAAGUUAGGUUAGAUAGAUGGGUUGAUACAAAUUGUAAUAAUUGUAUUACUAACUUUACAAAAAUUAUUGGAACUCAAAUAAAAUAUUGUAUAAUCCAAGUUAUAUUUCAAGGUAAAUACAGCAAAUUGAUAAGAUUACAGUAAAAAUCCAAAUAAAUAAACCUUAACACUACAUGUUUGACUUAAAACAAAGUAAAAGCUAUUUGAAAUCUAGAAAAUGUAAUGAAUCUAUUUAAGAAUAAUCAUAGUUGAUAAGACAAAGAAAAUGGCAAGAAUGAAUAACAGACGAUGACCAACAGGGUGCAUUCCACCAGGUCAUGUCUUACAUGUAAGACGAUAAAUUAGAUUAGAUCAGUAGUAAGAAAAACCAAGGUUCCCAACCUCUUAAAUUCUAUUCUCCUUUUUUAGAUUUUCAAAAAUUGUGUGCCCCAUAAAUUAAAAAUCUAAAAACUUUUAUUUGUAUACUUGACAAAUAGAUUGUACAAUAUUUGUAAUAAAUAUUUAUUUA